AGUCGUCGAAAGCGGAAUGGCGUGCACGUGUCGGCGGUCGGGAGCCGGAGGCAUCCCGAAAUGAGCGAUGAUGGCCAGCUCCUCGACAUUGGGCUGCGGAGCAGGUGGCGGCUCGGUGGUAGCGACGUCGAAGAUGGCCGGCGCGACGGCAGCUGGAGCGUCGUUGCCCACCCCAACGUCCCGGCGGGCUAACCUAGAGUUCCCUCCGCCGCCCCCUUACCCACCCCCGCACAACGGUGCCGGGGCCAUUGUGGCCUCCUGCUCCGGCAUCAUGCAGCAAUUGCCGCAGCAUCAUCAGCAGGAGCACCACCAUUACCAGCAGCAUCGGCACCGGGCGCUGGUACACUCCCCGAGGCCGCUUCACGAUUACUCCUACGCGUAUUACGAACCCGGGCCAAGCCGCAGUCACUCGCCGGCCACUUGCGCCGCGGCCUCGGCUCUCGUCAGGCUCGUCCAACAUCCCCAGGACUACCAGAUGCUGCAGCAGCAGCAACCGCAGCAAGAGCAGCAUCAGCAGGCGUAUCAGCAAGUGCAGGCCUAUCAGCUCCACCAGCACCGUCAGGAUCCGCAUAAGAGGCAUACGUACGUGACGCGUUACGGCACCGAGGAGAACAUCUACGAGGAGAUCUCGGAGAUCGGGCGACAAUGCCGCCGGGGACUGCACGGCUCGCGUCGGUCCUUGGUUGCGGACGAGGUGCGCCAGGUCCAGUCUCGGCACCGGCGGGUUCUCGGCGAGCUGAACCUCAGCGUGGAGGCGAUGCUAAUGCCGACUCUCGCCGACCAGACGGCCGAUGACGAGCCCGAGGACGGCGAUGAUCAGCCGAACGUGAGCAACGGCGCCGCGGACGAGCUGCUGCUCGGCUCCGUUAGCAGCCAACCCGACGAGCUGCUCUCCUCGCCGAUCGGCUGCGGCGACCUCGACAGCGGCUUCAGCGGCAGCUCCAGCGCCAGCUACAGGUCGGGCUUGGGAUCGCUGAGACGCAGUCUGGGAAGGACUUGCACUCCCGAGCUUCUGAGCAACGUCCAUCUCCUUGGCUGUAACAAUCAUCAUCAUCAUCACCAGCAGCAGCAGCAGCAACAACAACAGCAGCAGCAGCAACAACAACAGCAGCAUCAGCAUCAGCAGCAACAGCAGCAACAGCGCAGCAAGACCAAAGCCGCUAUGAUAUGGAAGAAAGGCUGGAAGAGUUGGAAGAAGCUUCAGGGACUUGGCGGCAAUUCACAAAAAACUGAUGAGCCCCGUUCGAGGUGCAGAUCGUGGGACGACGUAGGGCCGACGAGGAUGGAGACCCAGCAGCAGCAGCAGCAGCAACAGCAUAGCGCUCUCGAGACAACGAGGUCCAGUGCAUCCGCCCAGUCGGCCAGGAGCGAGGACUCCUGGUGCUCGGCCUCGGACCAUGAUCUCUCCUCCGACGACGAGAGCGAGAAGAGCAAUAUCAGUAUUAAAAGCAACUGCCAGCUGAGGAAUACACUCCACAAGGCCCGGACGUUCUGCGAUAAGUGGCGGGCCCAGAAUAUGAGGAUCAGCGGCGGCGGUGGCGGUGGUGGCGGUGGCGGCGGAGGUGGUGGUGGCAGCAGCGGUACCGGUGCUGGAGGUGCUAGCCUGGGCGGCGCUGCCGUUACGGAGUCGCUGGACGCCACGGGCGGCCAGGGAAGACUCUCCAGGUGGUUCAGCAUGCGCCGAGGAUCGAGCCACCAGUACGACAUCGACACCUCCGACUCCGUCUCCCUCACCAGCCCCAUGAAGCUGCCACACCAGAUGCCCCAGCUCUGCGAGGUCGAGGAGGAGAGCGGACCCAUCACGCAGUUCCAGUGCGUGCAGCAGCGGAGGCAAGCGCCCCCCUCCUUGCCGCCCGCACCGCCGAACCUCAGCGCCCAGCAGCUGAAGCGGCGCCACAUCGUCGCAGCCAUAGUGCACUCGGAGAACAGCUACGUCGCUACGCUCCAGAGGCUCGUCAACGACUACAAGAAGCCCCUGGAGGAGUCCUCGCCACCCGUCCUCAGCCAGUCGAAGAUAGCGACCCUCUUCCACCGGCUCCCGGAGAUCUUGCAGUGCCACACGCUAUUCCGCAUCGCCCUCGCGGAGUGUGUGCGCUCGUGGGACAAGGACGAGAAGCUCGGCGACGUGUUUGUCGCGAGCUUCAGCAAGGCCAUCGUCCUCGACAUCUACAGCGGCUUCAUCAACAACUUCUCGGUAGCGAUGGACCUUGCUAAGCAAGAAUCCAAGCGAAAGACUGCCCUUGCAGACUUCUUCAAGGUCAAACAGAUUAGCGCCCAUGACAGAUUGUCUUUCUUUGGUUUGAUGGUUAAGCCGGUUCAAAGGUUCCCACAGUUCAUCUUGUUUUUGCAAGAUCUACUGAAACAUACUCCACACGGACACCAUGACAGAAUGUCGCUUCAACUGGCACUCACGCAGAUGGAAAGCUUGGCGGAAAUGCUGAACGAGAGGAAGAGGGAGGCCGAGCAAUUCCAAGCGUUCAAGGAAAUGUUACGUCACGUUUCCGGCAAACUCUCACAUCGACCGCUUUCCUCGUCCUCGAGAUAUCUCAUAAGAGAGGACAAUGUCACGCAACUGGAGUUCAAUCAAAACGGAAUGAUCACAAAAUCGAAAAGGCGAAGACUGCUGCUCUUGAACGAUCUCGUCGUGUGCGUUUCGGUAGCACCGAGGUCGGCCGAGGACUUCUCUGGCAGCGAGAGACUGACACUAAAGUGGACGUAUCCGGUAUCGGAUAUAGAGAUACAAGACACGAGCACGUCUCCGACGCUUAGUCGACUACUGACCGCAGGCCUGAACAAAGGAGGCAGUUUGAAGUCCGACAGAAGUGGCGAGGGUGGCCAAGCCGGAGCCGACAGUCUUUGCGCGGAAAUGAACGAUCUAAUGCACGAUUACGAGGCGAUGUCGAGGAUUAGCGACUUGGUUGCUCAACUGAAGGGAUCGUACGAGGGGAUGACGACGGAGACGGUGAAGCAAAUUUUGCAUGGAAUUCAAUCGUCUAUACAGGCCAAGGACGAGGAAAUGGUUUGGGCCGACAGCUGCUGCCUACAGCUAAUGACAAAACAAGGACAAAUGUAUACGUUCCAGACGGAAAAUCCGCUCGUCAAGAAAGACUGGAUUACGGAAUUAAGACUCGCGCAAUUGGCGCUGGACCCCAACAAUUCGCCAUCUUGGGAAGUACCGGAGCAGGAACAAAGACCGUCCACGAAAAUGCCCCUGUUCGUUACAUCCCAACCAGUUUAUCAUUCGCAACACCAAUCAGAAGUACGUUGCGGCUGCUACUACGUCACGCAAAAUCCCCGGCCGACGAGGCGACGGGGCAGGCACCAGAGCUACCUGUGGAUCUGCACGGACGACGGGGUAUCGACCCACGUGACCGUGUUCGGCCAGUCGACGACCGCCACGGCCACCUCCCUCAAGCAGAUCACGUCGUUCGACCUCGUGGAGACGCGCGUCGCAGCCGUAGAGUUCGUCAAGGGGCUGAAUAACGAGCAGCCAAGCCUGUCGAGCGACCUCGUCUGGAUGGGAACGGACUCGCGGAAACUCAUCAUCUACACAGCCUCGGAGCCGGAGAAGCAGGAGGAGCUCGGCAGCUACCCGGUCUCCGGGCCCGUCAUACAGAUAAAGUAUCACUACGACAACGUCUUCGUAGCGCUGGGCACGGGCUCGCUUCUCAUGUUCAAGAGGCUCUACGACGGCGCCUGGAACCUCAAGGAGCCCAACGUCAUUGCACUAGGUGCGGAUCCGGUCUCCUGCCUCAUGCCCAUCAAUUCCUCGGUGUACGCGGCCUGUGGCAAGAAAGUCUGGGUGCUGAACGCCAUGACCGGCGAGAACGCCAAGAGCUUCAGUGCUCAGCACGAGCACGUCGGCAACGUAAAACUCAUGGCCCACUCGGGAGUCGGUCUCUGGGUGGCCCUCAAGAACUCGAGCACCGUCUGCCUCUACCACACGGAAACGUUCAAGCACCUCCAAGAUAUCAACAUCGCCUCGAACGUCCUGCGAAUCACCAAGUCCGGGGGCUGUAGCGGACCUGGGCUCGGCGUCGGGAUCGGCAGUGGUGAUAGCUUGAACAACAACCAGGCCUCGGUGACAGUCACGGCGCUGAUGGCCUGCAAGGGUCUCCUCUGGGUCGGCACGAAUGUCGGCAUUAGCCUGACGAUCCCCCUACCGCGACUCGAGGGCGUGCCCAUUAUCAGCGGCCGGGUUAACAUCUCGUACCACGCGCACUUCGGUCCCAUCACCUUCCUCCUCGCCGUGCAGAACAGCAAGAGCAACGUGGGCUGCGCGAAGGACGAGGAGGAGCCGGAGGAGGAGCAGGCGCAGCUCAGGGGCGGCAAGGACCUCGAGCACGUCGGUCACAGCCAGAGGCAGAGAUCCGACCGGGCCAGCCUCGACGUCUCCAUCUCCUCCAAUGUGUCGGCCAAUGUUCUCAAGUUCAAGCAGCAGCUCGCCAGCAGCCCCGUCCUUCUGAGGCGCAAGCGCAGUAAAGAGAACGAAUACAGGGGCUCGAAGACGUUGCCUCGCGGAUUGGGCUGCGGUGGGGGCUUCCUCUCCAACUCAAUGUCCAGCUCGCAGAGCUCCGGGGAGAACUGCGACGUCUACGGGCUGUACGGCGAGCUCAUGUACGUGAAGGACUAUGAGAACGAGAGCGGCGCCGUGAUCGAUCCGGUGUACGAGACCUUGAGACGCAGCGACCCCGAGCUCGCGAUACCGAACAAAGUCAGCACCCUCGACCGCAGGCUGAAGAUGAAGAUAACGAGGCCGAGAUCGCUCGACCUUUCCAACUGGUCGGUCGACUCGCACGCGAGCUCCCUCUACACGUCCUCGGGUUCCGAGGAGAACCUCUCGCUCAAGGCUGGCAAGCUCUCGCGCAACAACAACAGCAACAACAACAACAACAACAACAGCAACAACAACAACAACAACAACAGCAACAACAACAACAACAACAACAGCAACAACAACAACAACAACAACACCAAGCAAAAGUCCCAGGGCAAGAAGUCCGGCGGACCCAAGUCGUCCCAGCUGGAUCAGCCGAGGCGCACCGUACUCACCCUCAUGGGUGGUCGGGGUUACGUCAAUUGGCGGCAGGUUGGCGCCCAGAAGGAGGACAAGAAUCAAAAGUCAGGCUAUGCCUUUAAGGAUCCCAACAGCAACGACGCCCACAUCGUACUCUGGGAGAUGAAGUUAUGAUACCGAUUUAAAGUAGCCUACUUUACUGGUACCAAAAAGAGGCAUUAUUUACUUUCCUAAUGAUUUAAGUGCUAUAAUAGUGUAAAAGGACCAAAUAAU